AUGAACAGCUGCUGCAUCACUCUCAGCCGUGGUGUGCGACCCUUGCUGGGGAUGUGCAUUCGGUCGAAUGGCGAGUUCCACAUCUACGAAUACUACGAUUCGUGGUUGUUCACGAUGACAACGCGCGUACUUACAUGCUAUAGCGUGGACAGAGUUUACAUCGCUGAGGAGCAGGAAGCGCUCUACAAGGCCAUCAAAGAAUAUAACGUGGUAAAAAUUGCAAGGAAGUACUUUGAGAUGGACUGUUGCAGCAAUUUAUACGGCAUGCUGGCGCACAAGAUUUUGUGUAAUUACUCUCCUGAACGGAAUAAUGCAUUGGACUGGUCGGAUAAAGACAUGAAACAGCGUAACACUGGUGCUAAAGUCGUUUUUAAGGUGCCGGACGGUCGCAUGUUAAUCCACAAGAACACUGUGGAGGAGUUGAAUCUGCUGAGUGAUGUUGUAUGUGCAGUAAGAAACACAAAAACUAAAAUGGGUGAAAGACUACUCAGGGAGGAACUGUGCCAACCCUACACCGAUAAAAACGUGAUUCAUAACAGGCAUGAGAAGGUAAAACUGUUGAAAAAUGAUAUGAAGUUGAGAAAAGCGAUAGAAGCUGUGCUUAAGCGGAUGCCUGACAUGAAUCAGCUGAUUUAUGAUGUUCUGUUCGAGCAGAGAGUAACAAAAAAUGUUGGGCGUGUAGUUGAACUGUUGGAUGUGAUUGAAGAGCUGAAAUGUAUUUUGGGCGUUGAGAAAAGGAGCAUGGACGAAUGCACAGCCAUCACCUGUGAGGCGAAAAAUGACAUGAGCGCUUCGUGUACAAAGAAUUGCGAUGAAUGCAUCGAUGGUGAAAAGAACGGUACAGAGCAUUCUGGCGAUGAUGUAUCGGUUUUAGGUGCGAAAGCGGACAAUAUGAAAGAGGAAGAUGAGCUGCAGGACAGAAAUGCGAAGAACUGCACAUGUGUGAGCAGUCAAAAGAUUAAAAAAAGGUAUGAAAUAGUAUUAGCACACGAAAUAUCGUGUUUGGAGCAGUUCAACGUUGAGCUGCCAGCGAUGGAACGCUUGGUUGCCAAGGACGGUAUCAAAGACAGCAUUACAAUCGUAAAAGAGAAUGUGAACGUGAUAUUGGACAUUAAACGCAAAGUACACCACGAAAACAUGGAGGACAUUCUUUCUAUGGCAGAGGAGAUAGAGAGGGAGGCUGAUACGUCUGUUAGGAUACAUUAUGAUAGUACCAAGGGAUACGUGCUUAGAACUGAGUUUAUAGGAGAGAAUGGAGACGUAAAAAUAAUCAGCAAAAACAGCAAGUUCAUAACUUUUAGCACAACCGAUGUGGAGAAAAUAAACAUGAGAAUGCGCAAGGUACGGGUGGAAAUAGAGAACAUAAGUGAGCAUGUUUUAAUGGAAGUGAUCAGGGAAGUGCAAGCAAACAUAGGAUCGUUCCAAAGGAUGAGUGACGUAAUAGCUGAGCUUGAUCUGAUCGUAUCGUUCGUUAACUUUAGCAAACUCCGAAACUGCUGUUUCCCUAAAUUUACGGACAGGUUUGUGGUGUCUAAUACCUACAAUUUGGUAAUCCAAGACGUAAAACAAGCGGUAACAAUAUUUUCGUGCAAUUCGCUCAACAAAAAUAUCGUAACAGGCCCCAACAUGGGCGGAAAGACUACAUAUCUCAAGACUAUAGCCGUAGUAAGCAUUUUAGCGCAAAUAGGCUCUCCAAUCAAUGCCGAUUCGGCAGAGAUAAAAAUUCACGAUGAAAUGUUCACAAAACUGGCACAGCAUGACAACUUUGAGAAAGAAUGGCAGUUGGCAGCAAAUAUUCUGGAGAAAUCCACCGACCGCUCCCUCAUUCUGCUUGAUGAAAUGGGAAGAAGCACAGAUUAUAAUUCUGGGUUGUCCUUCUCGGUUGCAUUCAUCCUUGCACUGCACAAAGGCACUUUGUUCUUCUCCACUCACUUUCUUGACAUGGUGAAGUAUCUCAAACACAUUAGAAAUGUUAAUUUUGUGGGAGUGAAUGAUUUUAAAGCGAAGAGCGGAGUAUGUGGCUACUUCAAGGGUAUAGAAUUGGCCAAGAAGUACUUCCCUAAAAAAGUUACUGAACAUGCAGAGAAAGUGUGCAAGAAAUGGAAGAUCACGAAGUGCGAUAAGAUUAAAUUGCAGGUCGCCCUAAAAAUCGCGGAGGGCGGGUGUGAUGAGAGUUGUAUUAAUAGACAAGAGAACUCAUAG